AUAUGAUCAGCCAUUAUAAAUUAUCAUAUGUGCACCUUUCCAGUUGUGAUACCGCCAUGCCUCUACCAUUUCUCAAAAUCAUCAUGGCGUCUCACAUCACAGAAAAUAUUUGGCAAAAUGGGCCCCGUCCUGGAGCUUUUUACAGCCUUCCUGGGAAUAGAUCGUUAUCGUCCUGCGAACCGGCCAAACAUACACUAAGCCCCAUGGUAACUGGAACAUCUGUCCUUGGUAUCAAGUUCAACGGUGGAGUCUUGCUGGCUGCAGACAUGCUGGGCUCGUACGGCUCCAUGGCGAGGUACCGUAAUAUAUCUCGCAUCAUGAAUGUCAACAGCAACACAGCCAUCGCUGGGGCCGGGGACUAUGCUGACUUCCAGUUUCUGCAAGAAGUGCUAGAGCAGAGGAUUAUCGACGACGAGUGCCUUGCUGAUGGCCACGAGUACACACCCAAGUCAAUCUUUUCCUGGCUGACCCGAGUCAUGUACAACAGACGCUCUAGGUUCAACCCUCUCUGGAAUGUCUUUGUUGUGGGCGGCGUACACAAGGGAGAACCAUUCCUUGGCUAUAUCGACAAGAUUGGAACAGCUUUCGAAUCUCCCACAGUAGCAUCUGGAUUUGGUGCCUAUAUUGCAUUGCCAUUAAUGAGAGAUGCGUAUGAAAAGAAUAGCGACAUGUCGGAGUCAGAAGCAAGAGCCCUGCUAGACAGAUGCAUGAAGGUGUUGUUCUAUAGGGAUGCAAGGUCAUUUAACAAGUACGAGUAUGCGGUAAUCACUUCUGAAGGAGUGAAGAUAGAGCCCCCAGUGUCAUCAGAAACAAACUGGGACUUUGCACACAUGGUGGAGGGUUAUGAAUGAUGCAGCUCAUUCCAGGCAGUGUAAGAUGAGCCACGUAAUCCUCAACCCCGUCUCGUCUUGGGCACUGCCUCAAAGCCUUCACCGUGUUGUAGUGACAUUGUUUACAGUCUAAUUAAAUUGUGACCAGAUCGGACAAAAAUCUGCUGAUGUAGGUUGAGCUUCAGCUUCACGAAACAUCACCCAAAAAAAUUGAAACUUUCUCCUUUCACCGUCUUACAACUAAGAAAUUACUCAUUUAUUGCGAAGACUUGUUUAGGACGGAAAAAACCUAUUUUUUUUUCACAAGUACAGGAAGAAUUAAUCUGUUAGCCCAUCAGCAAGUACGUUUCUUUAUUUCAUCAGGUCUGGUCGCAGUAUAUUUGUAUGUCCCAAAUCUUUGAGCAGUGUUGCAGAUGAGGGGGGUUGUCUGAACAGUUAGCUGUCGCAUCACAUUUCUGCACGACAUGAGUGCAAGUUGUGCUGGUUUUUUUAUACACAGGAAGAAAACGAGUUGAAAACAAAGAGGGAAGACGCAACCAUCAAUUUACCUGUAGAUUGCUAGAAUUGAAAAAAAAAAGGUUGCAGCUUUCAAAUGAUAAGUUAUUCCAUAGGGUACAGUUGUGUUCACGUGCAGUCAACCAGCACAUCUCUGUUUAUUACCUGAUGAAUCUAUCUAAAAACAAAUAGGGCAUGCUGGUUUGGGCAGUGGGGGGGUACAGGCAGGGAUGUUGGGGGCAGUAUGGGAGAUAAUGGGUUACAACAGCUAAAUUCACUGGUUUUUCCCAAAAAACUCAGCUGGAAGAUGUUGAUGUACCACUUGUUUUUCUCAGAUAGCGGUUUGUCCAUUAUCUACACACUGUUCAUGAAGUAUCAGUUUUUUUAUAUUGCUUUUGACGUGCUUCACUCAAAGAUUUGUUAUACUACCGAUCUCACAUACAUGUACAUGUGUGCUUGACAUGAUAAUUUCAUGCGAGCUGCAUCAAGAUCUAUAGAAGUGCUACAUUUGGGGGUUUGGCUUUAAGCAGUUGAAAGCCGGCCCUCCAUUUUGAUUGUCAUUUCAAGAAAACAUCCCAGUUUGGGCUGAGAUAAGCCCUGCGUGUAAAACCACAUGAGAUAAGCAACUGAGGAAUGCAGAAUCAGAUGCAUACAGUUCUAGUAUUGGUUGCACUGGAUUAUACGCUUUUUCUCCCUGUAAACAGUACAAAACUAUAGUGUAUACCAACUCUAUGAGGAAAACAGCAUUGGGAAUAAAACAAAACGGCACGAUGCACGAUG